AUGCCAGACUAUGACCUUCACUACCUUAUGGCAACGAAUUUGGAGCCCUUACCCGAGGAGGCAACUUUAUCAACACCUAACGAGCAUGUACUGAUGCAGCUAGCGGUUAAAACACUCGCCUCUCUAUGUAAAGAAUUUGUCAUGCUACCCUCCACUUCUGGACCGAUGGGACCAGUCGCAACGCUUCCAGAGCCCAGAACUUUGCUACCACGUGAAAAGCCUCUCCCAGAAGAAAAGCCCUUGACGACGUGGGAGAAGUUUGCUAAAGAGAAAGGUAUUAAGAAGCGAUCCCGGUCUCAAAAGGUCUUUGACGAAAAGACAGGUGAGUAUCGCCCACGCUAUGGAUAUAGGCGGCGCACAGAUAAUACCAUAGAGUUCGAUCCUAUUGUCCCUGCGAAGCCUGGUGUUGACGACUACACCGGCGCAGAAGAUCCUUUCACACGUGCACGCAGAGAGAAGAAGGAGCGUGUCGCGAAGAACAAGGCGCAACAGGCAGCAAACAUAAAGCGCGCCCGUGCAGUCAAGAAGUAG